UGCAGGCCGGCUUUCCUCCGGUGCCUCUUCCGGAACCGUUCAGGCUAGACCGGUACUCAUCUUCCCUCCUUUUGCUCCAUGUUCUCGGAUCUUCAGUCGUCAUUUACAAGCCAGUGGCUUGUGGUGGAACCUCCCCGCCCCUAUCCCACUCCAUUUAGGAGAGCGCGCGCCGUGCCCCUGGAGCCAAUCAGAGGCCGCCUUAGGCGACCAUGUCUGAGUCUGGGCACAGUCAGCCGGGGCUCUACGGCAUAGAGCGGCGGCGACGCUGGAAGGAGCCAGGCCCUGGCGCCCCCCAGAACCUCUCUGGACCUGGCGGCCGGGAGAGGGACUACGUCGCACCAUGGGAAAGAGAGAGACGGGACGGCAGCGAGGACUCGAGCACCGCAGUCAUGCAGAAAACCCCCAUCAUCCUCUCCAAGCCUCCGGCUGAGCGGUCAAAGCAGCCCGCGCCCCCAGCGGCCCCCACCGCCCCGCCCACCCCGGCCCCCCUGGAGAAGCCCAUCGUCCUCAUGAAGCCCCGGGAAGAGGGGAAGGGGCCCGCUGCCAGCGUUGCCGGUGCAUCCUCCCCCGAGGGUGCCGCCCCGCCGCCCCCCACCACCCCCACGCCACCCAAGGGAGAGAAGGAGGGCCAGAGGCCCACACAGCCUGUGUACCAGAUCCAGAACCGGGGCAUGGGCACCGCCGCGCCCUCAGCCAUGGACCCUGUCGUGGGCCAGGCCAAGCUGCUGCCCCCGGAACGCAUGAAGCACAGCAUCAAGCUGGUGGAUGACCAGAUGAACUGGUGCGACAGCGCCAUCGAGUACUUACUGGACCAGACUGAUGUGCUGGUGGUUGGCGUCCUGGGCCUCCAGGGGACGGGAAAGUCCAUGGUCAUGUCAUUGCUGUCAGCCAACACUCCUGAGGAGGACCAGAGGGCGUACGUGUUCCGGGCCCAGAGCGCCGAGAUGAAGGAGCGUGGGGGUAACCAGACCAGUGGCAUCGACUUCUUCAUUACCCAGGAGAGGAUCGUCUUCCUGGACACGCAGCCCAUCCUGAGCCCCUCCAUCCUGGACCACCUCAUCAACAACGACCGCAAGCUGCCUCCAGAGUACAACCUGCCCCACACCUACGUCGAAAUGCAGUCACUCCAGAUUGCCGCCUUCCUCUUCACUGUCUGCCAUGUGGUGAUUGUCGUCCAGGACUGGUUCACAGACCUCAGCCUGUACAGGUUCCUCCAGACAGCAGAGAUGGUGAAGCCCUCCACCCCGUCCCCCAGCCACGAAUCCAGCAGCUCCUCGGGCUCUGACGAAGGCACUGAGUACUACCCCCACCUGGUCUUCCUGCAGAACAAAGCUCGCCGGGAGGACUUCUGCCCUCGGAAGCUGCGGCAGAUGCACCUGAUGAUCGACCAGCUCAUGGCGCAUUCGCACCUGCGUUACAAGGGUACUCUGUCCAUGCUGCAGUGCAACAUCUUCCCGGGGCUCCCGCCCGACUUCCUGGACUCCGAGGUCAACCUGUUCCUGGUGCCCUUCAUGGACAGCGAGGCGGAGAGUGACACCCCACCCCGAGCAGGGCCCGGCUCCAGCCCACUCUUCUCCCUGCUGCCUGGGUACCGCGGCCACCCCAGCUUCCAGUCGCUGGUGAGCAAGCUGCGGAGCCAGGUGAUGUCCAUGGCGCGGCCCCAGCUGUCGCACACCAUCCUCACCGAGAAGAACUGGUUCCACUACGCCGCCCGCAUCUGGGAUGGGGUGAAGAAGUCCUCGGCCCUGGCAGAGUACAGCCGCCUGCUGGCCUGAGCCCAGAGAGGAUGUCACACAGGGAGCCGCUUCCCAGUCCCCUGGCGACAGCAACGGUCCCCAGCAAUGGUGACGGUGGCACGGGAGCUUGCAGUCCUCCCCUUAUAGGGUGCACAGAGGCUGCUGGCCUGACAGGCAGGCCAGGGCCACCACUUCCUGGCCCGGAGGCACAGCCCAGGUGUCCAAGACCAGCCCCUACCUUCAGGGAAGUGCUGUUGAGGGGGGAAGCGCUCUGAGAGCCCACCCCUGACCCAGGGGCAGCUGAACCUCCUCCCCAGCAGGCACAGGUGGUGGGAAUAAUGAGUAAGUGGCGGGGAGCCCCAGCUGCAUCAUGGCUUCCCGAAGGGGCAGAACCUCGCCCGCCCCCCCCCCCCCCCCCCCCGUGUCUGUGGGGUGAGGCCCAGUGUGGGGAAUGAACCGAUUCCAGGAGUGGGUCUGGAAUAAACAGUCACACAGGCUUGAGCCUGUAUUGUCUUCUCUGCUCCCUCAAUGUGUCCUGUAGCACAGGGUGAACCCCGUCCUUGCCCUGGGGAUCCCUGCCUGCCCACCCCAAGAGCACCCACCCAGACUCCUGUGCCCAACCUGCAGACCCCUCCAGCCAAGCAUCCGUCAAGACAACUGUCACGUAUCCUGUCGCAUACCUUCCCCCCCACCGAGUGACCCGGGCGUUUCCCAAGCUGGACAGUGACCCAGGAGGGCACACAACUGAGGACAUGAAAGCACCAAGUUUGGGGGCUGGAUGGUGGUGCGGCUGGCUGAGCGCACACAGCACACAUUACUGAUCCAGGACCCGGGAUCCUCUCUCUGUGGGAGGUGGGGGGUGGCAUGUUCACCCGGAGAACCCCCCCCUUUGGACAGCUCCACUAAGUGCCCUGCUGCUCCAAAACCCGGGGUGUGGUUGAGCACACACAUUUGAGCCCCCUGAUUCCCACCAGCAGAAGGAAAGCUUCACGGGUGGUCAAGCAGGUCUGCAGAUGUUUGUCUCAAGUUUUUUGGUUUUUUAAUGAUACAUACAAAGAGAGGCCAGAUCACUGCUCAGUUCUGGCUGAUGGUGGUGCUGGGGGUUGAACCUGGGACCUCAGAGCCUCAGGCAGGAAAGUUUUACAGAACCAUUAUGCUGUCUCCCCAGCCCUUUCUCUUCCUAUACCCCCCUUUUCAAUGUGCAGUCUCUCCAAUAAAUAAAAUAUAAAGCACAAGGUCCUGCGGGCUGCAUCCAGGG